AUGGAUGUUAUACACAAAUUUUUGAGGGACAUUUACUCUCAGCGGUUCCCAGAAUUAGAGUCAUUAGUUCCUCUGCCAUUGGAUUACAUAAAAACUGUCAAGGAACUUGGAAAUAACAUAGAUGAUUCAAAGAAAAAUGAAGCAUUACAAGAUAUUGUAACCUCAGCUACUAUAAUGGUGGUUAGUGUCACUGCUUCAACCACUCAAGGAACACCACUUUCCCAAGAAGAUCUAGAAAGGGUGAUGGAAGCAUGUGAUAUGGCCAUUGAACUGUGUGGCUUCAAAGAGAAGAUUUUCCAGUAUGUAGAGUCCAGAAUGACUUUUAUUGCACCUAAUCUUUCCAUUAUUGUUGGCGCAUCUACAGCUGCAAAGAUAAUGGGUGUUGCUGGUGGCCUGACCAACUUAUCCAAGAUGCCAUCAUGCAAUGUGUUAGUCCUUGGAGCACAGAAAAGAACUUUGUCUGGCUUUUCCACCACAGCAAUUAUGCCUCACACAGGUUAUAUCUAUUACUGUGAGCUUGUCCAGAACACUCCCCCUGACAUGAGGCGGAAAGCUGCCAGGUUAGUUGCAGGGAAGUGUACGCUGGCUGCACGCGUAGAUUCAUUCCAUGAGAGUCAAGACGGAGCAAUUGGAGACCAACUCAAAGCUGAAAUAGAGCAAAAAUUAGACAAAAUGGUAGAACCACCCCCAGUGAAACAGGUCAAAGCUCUCCCUGCUCCAAUUGAUGCAUCCAAGAAGAAAAGAGGAGGACGAAGGGCAAGAAAAAUGAAGGAACGGAAUGGUAUGACAGAAAUGAGGAAAGCUGCAAAUAGAUUAAAUUUUGGAGAGAUUGAAGAGGAUGCAUAUCAGGAUGAUCUUGGGUUCUCUUUGGGAACACUGAAGAGCAAAUCUGGUCGCAUUAGAGGACCACCUGUGGAUUCAAAGACUAAAGCCAGAAUAUCCAAAACACUGCAGCAAAAACUUCAGAAACAGAAUGUGACAUGGGGUGGCAGUACAACAGUGAAGAAACAUGUGUCAGGAACAGCAUCCAGUGUAGCAUUUACACCUUUACAGGGUUUAGAAAUCGUCAAUCCACAAGCAGCAGAAAAGAAGGUACAGGAAGCCAACCAAAAAUAUUUCUCCACCACAGCAGGCUUCUUAAAAAUUAAUAGAUCAGACCAGAAAUGAUGAAAAUCUUAACACCAAACAAACCUCAUUUUACAAAUUGCAAGUGCAAUUCCACCAGAGUUACAAGUUAUGGUUUCAUAAUGCCCCUUACAUAAGUGAAUGUUAUGGCAUUAUGUAGCAUGCAGAUAACCUUGAGGAUAAAUGUCAUUUUCAACUGCAAUGUACCAGUAUCAGAUGCUGUGGUUUUACGUACAAAAGUUGUAUGGUUUAUCACAUGGGUGGGAAAAGGUCGGAUAUAUCUGUUCCAUUAAAACCUUAAGACUUGAAGAAAAUCAACAGAAACUUUUUUAAAUGCAAAAUUUUAAUAAAUUUCUAAUUAUCCAUUGUGCAAGCACAGAUCUUGACGUUCUGAGUUCAGUUAAGAUGAUUAUGUGUACAUUCAAAGCAAUUACUAGUAUCCAUAUUUAUUAGAACCCAUAGUAUUAAAUGGACAAACAGUGAUCAGGAAGAUUGUAUUUCUUUCAAGUUUAUGAUAACUACUUCUAUAAAAUUUUGUCUACAAACAAAGAUGGCAUUUUCAUGAAGAGAACAGAUAAACUCCUUUUUAUUUACCUACUUAAUGUAACUAACUGAUGUCUGAUGUGACUUAAGUCCUACUGUAGUUAUUUUGAACAGAUAUUUAUUUCUAGCAGUUUGAGCCAAAUAGUGCUCAACAUCCAACUGAUAGUUGAGUCAUAUAUGGUUCCAAGACCAACAAGCAGUUCAGGUUUGUCUUUCUGAUAACUACAAUAUUAACUUUUGUAUUUUUCAUCAUGUUUCAUUUAAAUACAUAUUGAACUUGCUAUGCAAAGAAAAGUAUGUGUUGUGUGUAAUCAAAUAAAAAUUGUACGCUUUACUGUAUCAUGUAAAUAGACACUGCCUACAACAGAGGGCAGUUGAAAGAAGCAGCUAGUGUACUGACAAAGCAAUAAAAGAAAGUCUCUAAUAGUAAUGGUUGCUAAGAAUAGUCAUAAGAGUGGGCAAAAAUUUGUUAUCGAAGUGGUGAUAAUGUAACAGGAACUGAAGCUAUAAAAAUAAAGGUUACAUAUAUACAUAG